GUGGCUGAAGGGGGAGUAGAGGAGCUGAGCACAGAGGAGGGGACAAGGGCUGUGACUGCAGUGCAUGCAGGGACGUAGGAAGUCAGGCAGUGUUCUGUGGGACAUGGCUAUAGAAGCUGAAGUACUGUAGGACGUAGUGGUAGAUCUUCAAGUAGUGAAGCUACUACUAAGUAGCUGGGAUCAUGUAAUGAUGACUCUUGCUUUCUGCACCAGGUACUUCCCGCCAUCUGUCACCUGAAAUGAGGAGCUGAUAACAGACUACAACAAGAUGAUAUACUCUAGCAAAGCCCAGGUUGUGGCUAGUUUAUUUCUUGUAACGAUGGCAACGGUAGACAUGUUAACACCCACGUAUCAAUGGACAGAUGAGACGGGCAAGACUAUUAUGUGUCAGAAGUGCCCACCCGGGACCUACAUGGCUAAACAUUGCUCUUCUGAAAGUGACACCAUAUGCUUGGUGUGCCCAGAAGAGCAUUAUACCCAGUACUGGAAUUACCUGGACAAAUGUCGAUUCUGCAACGUCCUCUGUCAGGAAGGAGAACAAGUGAAACACGAGUGCAAUUCCACACACAACAGAGUAUGCGAGUGCCAGCCUGGCUACCACCACAACGGCCACUAUUGCGUCAAGGAUCUACAGUGCAAUUUUCAAGAUGAUACACAGGAGGAAGAUGAUGAAGAAUGUGACAAUCUUGUAAUAGAUUAUUUUGUGAAUCUGAAUAUUACAGCGCACACCUUCCGGCGACUGGAACUCACAAUUUUCAAGCACAAAGGAAGGAAGCCCAUCAGCCAGAAAAGAAUUCGGAACCUAUUAAAGGCUUUCAAAAACAUUGAUCCAAAACACCCUCUGCUCCCACGCCUUCUGAAAUCCUUACAAGAAGCCAACAUUCACAGUUUAGAAAGAAAGCUGCGAAAGAGAUUCUUAGAGUAGGAAGACUACUGAGGUCUGAGAAGCAGCUGUACCUCCGCCUGAAGCAGGGCGGGCCAUACCAUUAUUCCAGCUGUGGAACAUGAAAUAUACCUUUUCUUGGUAUCCUAUUUGCUCCACUUUUGGAGAUCCAUUAAGAAAAGAAACUUUUUUUUUCAAUGAUUUUACCAUACUUUUUAAAUGUUUUUUGUGAUUUUUAAUUCAAUUUUUUAUUUUAUUUUUUUCAGCACUGCCGCACAUAUAUUACCUCUUACUGUUCCUUUAAUUUAUUAUAACCCUACCUCCUUCAUGCCAUUGAAUUUCAUAAAGGUUUAUGUUUAAAAGGUUUUACUAUUUUUCACAAUAAAAGUUAUUUUAUAUAAUUUUUAUUAGUUUUCUUUUGUGGUACCAUAGUGAAGACUUUCAAGGCAGAGUUAUGUGCCAUCCAGAAAGAUGUAUUGGGAUCACUAGUAAUGGAUGCUGAUAGAUGUCACCCAGGAAAGAGACUAACAUAAGUCAAGACUAGAUAGAGCGAACAUUCUUCCAAGGGGGUUCGCCUACUGACCAUUAAAUAGUUCAUAAUUGUAUUAAGUAGAUGUCUGACCGCCAAAACCCAAUUUUCUGGCAAAAUUAGUUGGUCACAUACUAUCAAUAGGUAUAAACGGUAAUGUCAGAAGCUGCUUAUUGAGAACAGCUACAAACUUAUGUUUACUCUGUUUUUAUUACUAACGUUUUCAGGUAGAUCAGUACAGUUAACAAUGAUCAUCAGUAGCAUGAACAAUAAAAAAAAAAAGGGGAAGUUACGCAGAACUCUAAACGCAAAGUUACUUCUGAUAGCAAAACAAGUAUGUUACAUUGCAGUGCAAAGCCAAAUUGAUCCAUACACAAAUUCCAUUACUCCUUCUGUCAGUACAACCUACUACGUACAAUAAAGGUGUAAGGAGUAUUACAAA